CGUCUACAGUAAUGGCGGGUGUUUCAGAUUCUAAACGUAAACAACACGAUAAAACAGGGAGUAGUUAUGUACAAGACUUUACAGAAACUCCCGUGAGAGUUCCGUAUGGUCAUAUUGUUGUCAGUGGCAGGUGGCGUAAUACUGAACUUAUGGAAACAUUACAGUCAUCAAUUCCUGUUCAUUUUGAAGAUAGUUUAGGUGUUGUUGAUUUUCACACAUCUAGUUAUACUGGUAUUAUCUAUAUAUCUGAAGCUGAUCUGAUAUCAUCUACAAGUUAUAGAAGAAAACUGGCCAAACUUAGAAAGGCUAAUAAAGUUAGAGGUGUGGUGAUAGCCGAGAAGACAUCUGUUAGUCAACAAUAUUUAAGUGAUUUACAGAGAUUUGCUAACCUAGAGUUAGGACUGGUUCUCUUAUUUGUUGAAAAUGAACAAGAAGGAGCUAAACUAUUAGUUCAAAUGGUUCAUGUAGAAACUAGGAAUGCGAGCAAUCUAAUCAUGAAAAAACCUAAGUCAAUAAACAUAGACGAAGCUAUAUUAAAUACUUUAACAUGUGUACCAAAACUAGGAGAUGUUAAAGCCAAGCUUAUUCUACAAAAAUAUAAAAGUUUGAAGGAUAUCUGUAAUGCUCCAGUAGAGGACCUAAGUGAAAUAGUUGGACAAGCAUGCGCUAAAAAUAUCAAAAGCUUCUUUGGUUCCUAACAGAUAAAUGUUGCGAGUGAACAGGCCUGGAAAUAAUGGUUUUAGAUGUACCUGACAAAAUAUCAGGCACUAAUGAAAUAGUACCUGACAUUUUCAACUUAGUGCCGGACAUUGUAUUAAUAAUAUCAAUAAAAAAGACAAAUCAGUGCCGGACAAAGUGACAGGCAUCAGAGGUUUUGUGCCUGACUUAACCAAACUUUUCAUGUGGACGAGUUUGGUUGUGGAUUAGUUGACCAGUGGAUGAGUUGACCUGUGGAUUAGUUGACAUGUGGAUGAGCUGACCUGUGGAUAAGUUGACCUGCGUUCAUAGCGUGAUAGCCAAUGUUUAUAGGUUGCAGUCAUUAGACCCUGAGACAGUCAGUAAUUCUAAUUAAAACCAGCGAGGCAGUCAGUAAUUCUAAUAUAACUACUGUGACAGUAAUUACAAUAUAUAACUACUGAGAAAGUCAGUAAUUAUAAUAUAUAACCACUGUAACAUUCAGUAAUUAUAAUAUAUGACCAAUGAGACAGUUGUAGCCAUAAGAUACUGUGACUGUCAGUAAUUGUAACCAUAAGAUACUGUGACAGUCAGUAAUUGUAACCAUAAGAUACUUUGAUAGUCAGUAAUUGUAACUAUAAGAUACUGUGACAGUCAGUAAUUAUAACUAUAAGAUACUUUGAUAGU